CCGGCCGCGCGGUCCCUCCGCCCCUGGGUCCCGUCGCCACACGCCGCCGAAACUCUGGACCAGGCGCGCUCUCCUCCCCGUCGUCCCUCUCCUUGGCCGGAGUCAGGCGCACACCAUGUCGGUCGCGGUCAGCAACAGGUUCCAAGGAGGGAAGGCGUUCGGCUUGCUCAAAGCUCGGCAGGAGAGGAGGCUGGCGGAGAUCAACCGGGAGUUCCUCUGUGACCAGAAGUACAGCGAUGAAGAGAACCUGCCGGAAAAGCUUGCAGCCUUCAAAGAGAAAUACAUGGAGUUUGACCUGAACAAUGAAGGCGAGAUUGAUCUGCUUUUCCUCCUGGCAGAUCUGAUGUCUUUAAAGAGGAUGAUGGAGAAGCUGGGGGUCCCCAAGACCCACCUGGAGAUGAAGAAGAUGAUCUCGGAGGUGACAGGGGGCGUCAGUGACACCAUCUCCUAUCGAGACUUUGUGAAUAUGAUGCUGGGCAAGCGGUCGGCUGUCCUUAAACUGGUCAUGAUGUUUGAAGGAAAAGCCAAUGAGAGCAGCCCAAAGCCAGCUGGCCCCCCUCCAGAGAGAGACAUUGCCAGCCUGCCCUGAGAAGCCGCCUGGACCUUCUGGGCUGCCAUCCCCGACCCCUCUGCUUUCUCACUGUGAGCUGUCUUCUGUGUUUGUCCUAUGGACUCACUUCUUCUUCCUUUUCAUUUCUUCACGGAAGCACAUGUUACCUGCCUUAAUGAGACUGGGGAAUCCUGAGCCUCGGUCCCUCCUCCCUGCUCCCUGCUGCCCUUCCCCCCAAUACAGAAGGGUUGAUAGCAAACCAAAACUGGAAAGGGAACUUCAAGCCUGGGUUCCCAUGUUUAAAGAGGGUCCUGCCAACCA